GGUGCACAUUUUGCAGCUACCACCAUCGCCGAAACAGCUUUGGUGCAGUGUGUACCUGUUCCUCCGCCCGCGGACGUCCGACAUAAUACCGAUCGAUUUUAACAUCGAUCGAAAAUUAUGUAUUAUCCACCAGGUCCGCCUCCAAUGUAUUAUGCAUCACCACCACCCCCGCCACCGCAGUUUUACGCCCCACCGCCAUUGCCACCUCCCCAAAGGCGAUACUCUCCGUGGCUCGUGCCUCUCAUAUGCUUGGUUAAUCUCGGCAUGUUUAUUUACGAAAUGUAUAAGAACGAUUGCCCUCGUAGACAUUCAUCAAAGGAUCCGUGUAUUUUAGGCGAUGUCUUUAAGAGGUUCUCAUUCGAACCUUUUAAAGACAUUCCUUGGCUUGGUCCUACCGCGGAAACUAUUAGGAAUGUAGGAGGCCUCGAUCGGUACAAAGUGGUGCACGGUGAAUCAUGGCGGCUUUUCUCUUGCAUGUGGCUUCAUGCUGGAGUCAUUCAUUUGUUUCUUAACAUGAUCAGCCUUGAUUUGGUUGGACUCCGACUUGAGCGCGACUUUGGAUAUCAUAGGUUCGGGUUAGUGUAUUUGCUUGGUGGGUUGGGCGGAAGUUUAGCGUCUUCUCUUCGUCUUGUUCAUCAAGACCAGGAAAAGUCAGUGUCAGCUGGAGCAUCUGGGGCAAUUUUCGGAUUGUUGGGAGCCUCCAUUUCUGAGCUGAUCACAAACUGGACAAUCUAUGAUGAUAAGUUCCCGACGAUCAUGCUACUCCUUCUGAAUGUUGGCGUGAAUGUGGGCCUUGGAUUUGCACUGAAAAUGGACAAUUCAGCUCAUAUAGGUGGUUGCCUAGCAGGGUUCUUCCUCGGUUUUGUUUUUUUCAUCAAGCCUCAGUUUGGAUAUAUAAGCAGCAAGUUUAUUCCAUCAUACCAUGAUGUCAAACGUUCACCAAGGCACAACUUCUGUCAAUAUUUUCUAGCGAUUGUAGGCCUUCUGGUUUCAAUUGCUUUAUUUGGAGCCGGCUUCGGUAAGCUCUUUGAUAUUAAGGAAAUUAAGCAGCAAUUACCGGAUGCCGUCAAAAAAUAUUGA